AUGGCAGAUUAUGAUAUGCAAAAUUCAGGAUCACCGUCUUCAGGUGGCUUUGGUGGUAACGGUGGACAAGAGUACGUGGUUUUUGAUAGAUCUACCGACGGUUUUUCCAAAGGUACCUUAGACAGAUCUACUGCUGCGAAAUUAAAAUUAGAGCACUUCUAUAAGGUUACGUUGGAUCAAGCAAGAGAACGUAACGACCGGCAAGAAGACAUUUCAGAUGAACGAAAGAACAGACAACUUCAAUCGCUUGGACGAAAGGAAUCUUCUUUCUUGAGACUUCGAAGGACUAGAUUAGGACUGGAAGAUUUCGUUACUGUCAAAGUAAUCGGUAAGGGUGCAUUUGGUGAGGUUCGAUUGGUUCAAAAAGCAGAUACAGCGCAUGUUAAAGCUGAACGCGAUGUUCUUGCUGAAUCUGAUUCUCCAUGGGUGGUGCAAUUAUUUUAUUCAUUUCAAGAUGCGUCAUAUCUUUAUCUCAUUAUGGAAUUCUUACCCGGCGGCGAUUUGAUGACAAUGUUGAUCAAAUAUGAUACCUUCUCAGAGGAUGUAACGAGAUUUUAUAUCGCAGAAUGUGUCUUAGCCAUUGAAGCAAUUCAUAAAUUAAAUUUCAUUCAUCGAGAUAUAAAACCAGAUAACAUUUUGAUUGAUAAAGAUGGUCAUAUCAAAUUAUCCGAUUUUGGUCUAUCUACUGGUUUUCACCGAACACACGAUUCUGCAUAUUACCAAAGACUUUUGGAUGGAAGUCUUAAUAGUUCAUCCGGUCAUAGGCAAUUAGGCAGUGAGGCUAAUAUCAAUUUAACAUUAUCUAUCGGUACACCAGAUUAUAUUGCACCCGAAAUUUUCUUACAACAAGGUUAUGGUCAAGAAUGUGAUUGGUGGUCACUUGGUGCCAUCAUGUUUGAAUGUCUCGUAGGUUAUCCACCAUUUUGUAGCGAAAAUGCUCAUGAAACUUAUCGUAAAAUUAUCAACUGGCGGGAUCAACUGUAUUUCCCUGAUGAUGUUCAUUUGAGUCCUGAAGCAGAAAACUUAAUUAGACGACUCAUUUGCGCACCUGAACAACGUUUGGGACGUCAUGGCGCUGACGAAAUUAAAGUUCAUUCAUUCUUUUCUGGAGUAGAUUGGGAAACUAUUCGUAACAUCGAAGCACCGUUUGUUCCUAAUUUGAAAUCCAUUACCGAUACCAGCUAUUUCCCUACAGAAGAUUUGGACAAGAUUCCGGAACAACCUCAAACAAUUGAACGCAACAAUUCAAACGUUGCUGGAGAAUAUAACCAAAAGGAUUUGGCUUUCGUUGGUUACACGUUCAAGAGAUUUGAUGACCUUACAAGAAAGAAUGCUUUGUAG